AAUCUCGGCCGUCCGACGGGCUAGUGCGGCGUUAUACAGUCUUGUAACACUCUUUAACCGUGACGUAACCAAGCAUAAUACGCGGCAAUUUUUAAAUUUCGAACGAAAAUUUUCGGCCAGUUUGUCGAAAUCAGUAAACAUUUUAAAAAAAAGGAACUCAAUUUUUGCUGUUUAUAUUUUGGUGCCAUAAGACAAUAAUUUGUUCGAAAAAAAAAACAAAAGAAAAAUACAAUGUGAACAUUUCGCAAUGGUCUUAGAAGACGCGUACAAUAGAAUUUUAAGCAGAUUGCGUAACUAUUUUGAUGUUUGAAUUUUGAAAACAUUCACAUCUCGUUUUUGCACGACAAUGGAUAGAAGAACGUCUUACAUUUUGUUCGUGGCACUUUUUUGUUGUACUGUUGGCGGUCAAGAGACGCCAUUCGAAUUACCGGUACAAUUAGUUGGAUUCCCUUUUAUCGUGACCAGUGUUAAGUUGACGAAUUUCUUGAAGAAGCUGUCAUAUUCUUUAAGUCCAGCGACAUACCGGUCUCGGAGUCGCCGUGAGUUGUUGCUAACGGACCCAGCCGAGCCCUUCGAUGUCGUAGAAGUGGAGAAAUACAUAGUGGGCGAGUUCGGUGCCAAAGCUUGCGUGUUCGAACGUGUAUGCGCGCACUAUGCGACCAGGGCGCGAACGCAACCGCGGCCUCAACUUGACUGGCCAGAUGUUUUCAGUCAAUACAAGCGCUCUCCGGAUCAAGCCAAAGAAUAUUAUUUGCUGAGCGUGUUCCUAGGAGACAUCGUGGGCUCACCCACAUUAUGCCAUCAGCUUGGUAAGCGAAUGAACUGCGACACCCAACAGUUCGGAAUAUAAACGUGGUCAUGGUGUUUAGCAUUAAGAUAACGUCUCGAUAUUAAGAUAUAAAUAAUUGUGUUCGCAAGAUUCCAUCCGCAUUUUUUAAUGGAGACGUCGUAGAAAUGGUUAUUCGUCUUGUAUUUACUUGAAGUGAUUUGAAAGAAUUUGAUUUGAGUGAAUUUAAUUUGAGCAGUAAUGCGUUUCGGUUUGAAGGGUGGGGUAGCCGUUGUAACUAUACUGAGACCUUAGAACUUAUAUCUCAAGGUAGGGUAGCGCAUUUACGUUGUAGAUGUCUAUGGGCUCCAGUAACCACUUAACACCAGAUAGGCUGUGAGCUCUUCCACCCAUAUAAGCAAUAAAAAAAAAUUAUGAGCUUAUGUCGGUUAAAAUAUGAUCAAUAACAUAUAAAGGAUUGAUAGAUACCGGUUAUGUUUCGUUAAAUAGUGUUUGCGUAAUGCUAAAUAGAAAAACAUUAUUAUUAUUUUAAUCAGGAGCAUAAAAAUAGCUACAUAGAAAGAACAAAUAGUGUUUUAUUAAUGUUUCGUGAAACUGCAAUGUAACGUGAACACGACCGCCCCCGCGUCCUCACAAGACCAUGUGAUCCGUGCGUCAGCUGAUUUCUAUUACUAAUACAUUGCGUGCAGUGACAAAAGCGUAAAUAAAUACCGAAUAAGUAUUCGAACGUGUUUCUAAAUUUUAUAGCAUCAGAAAUCGUCAACUUUAUGAUCGGUAUUUAAGAAUUAUUUAAUUGCAUCACUCCAAAAUUAAAAGCCUCUAUCUAAUCUUUUAAUGAAUUUUUGCGUGAUUGAGUAACAAACAUUAAAAAUAUUCACAUUUAUUUUAGUAUGAAUAAUAAAAAAAUAUCAAAAUCAAAUAUCCUUUUUUCUCGUUAAAACAUGGUAUUAAUAAUUUCUGAAUAUUUUUUCAAACUAUUUUUAUUAUAGGAUUUAAGAAGAAAAAAAACGCAACCACAUCAAAUAUAAGUGAUUUCUUUAUUUUAAUAACGUUCGUAUUGAACGCACUGGUUAGGGUUGCAACACUUUAGUUUUAAGAUAAUGUUUUGUUGAAGAAAUACAAGCCUGAGAUGUUGCGAAUUGUUUUUUUUUCAUAUUAUGUAGCUUUAAUUUUAAUUAGUAAUAUUGCGUAAUAAAGAUCGCGCGCGUUAAGUUACCUUAUUUGUGAUUUAGUUACAACUUAGUAUAUAAUAAUAUAAUAUGUAUACAGUUUGUUUAAGUAAAUUUAUGGGAAUCUGAUUGCGCUUUGAAUUCAUUAAUUCUAAGAUUCCUUAGAUACCUAUAUAUUCGGGAACGUUUUGUGGCAAAAAAAAAAAACAUUUAUUUAUAUUAAACAAACUCCAAGAAGCUGUCCUCUUGCGUAGAUCUAAUGAAAAUCGUGAAUUCUUCCAUUUACAUGCCACAAUACUAAUCUGCAAAAAAAUAACUAAUAAUAAAUAACUUUUAAUUUACAAUUAAUUUUAAGAACCAUCAUUUUACUGUAUCAUCUGUGUUGUACUUGUAUAGAAAUUCAUCUGGAUAAAUUUUGAUUCUUAACAUAAUUAAGAGCUGAUGUUUCAACUAUCUGAUAAAAGUUACUAAAUAGAUGAAGCGUAGUAAAAUGAAAAAUGUUAUUAUUUGUUUGUAUAAAAAAAAUCUCGAUGCAAUUUUUAAAAGUUCAGUUUUCGUUUAGCUGAUUAAUAACUUUUGUCUCAUUAUUGAAAAAUAAAAUAAGAAUUGUAUUUUUAUAUUGGGAUGUAGUAGCUAGUCGAAAAUAAAAUUUUUAGGGAA